AUGGAAGGCACUACUAUCAAUUUGUUCUCCUCUUGUCUAUUGUUAAUCUUGAUGUCAUCCUCUGCAGCCGACACCAUAACUGCAAACCAGACCAUUACUGAUGGACAAAAAAUUGUUUCAGCUCGCGGAGAGUUUGAAAUGGGAUUUUUCAGCUACGAACACAGUCCACAGAAUCGAUAUUUUGGUAUAUGGUACAAGAAAAUAUCAAGCGGAACAGUUAUAUGGGUGGCUAAUAGAGAGACUGCAAUUGCUAAUACUUCAGGUGUUAUAAGAGUCACUAGUAGGGGAAUUGUUGUGAGUUCGAGUCAGAGUACUGACAACAUAAUUUGGUCAUCGAAUUAUUUAAGAUCAGUCGACAAUCCAGUAGCUCAGCUACUAGAUUCAGGGAAUCUGGUUUUCGUGGAUGGAAAUGAUAAAGAAAAUUUUGUUUGGCAAAGUUUUGAUUAUCCUGUGGAUAAUUUUUUGCCAGGAAUGAAGUUUGGAUAUGAUUUAGAAAGUGGCAUUGACAGGUACUUUUUGCCUUAUAAAAGUGAUGAUGAUCCAUCACCUGGAACCUACAUUCAUCGGAUAGAUCAUAAUGGUUAUCCACAGCUGAUCUUGUGGAAAGAUUCGGAUGUUUUGUAUAGGACUGGACCAUGGGUUGGGAAUCGGUUCAGUGGCAAUACUGUUCUGAAGCCUAAUGGAAUCUACACGAAUCGAUUUGUCAUAACUCAGACAGAGGCUUACUAUAUUUCUGAUCUUCUCAGUAGUUCUGAAUCCGCUAUCACAAGGCUGACCUUGACACCAGAUGGCGAGGCACGUCGUCUGAUAUGGAAUAGAGAGAAACAGGAUUGGACGCUUAUUUUAACUCUACAAGUGACUGAUUGUGAGCGUUAUGGUUUGUGUGGACUGAAUGGUGUUUGCAAUAUCAACACCACUCCUAGGUGUCAAUGUAUGGAAGGUUUUGAUCCGAAAGUUCCAGAAGAAUGGGCAGCAGCAGAUUGGUCUAAUGGCUGUUCGCACAAUGUACAGCUUGAAUGUGGAAAUGGAGACGGUUUUAUGAGGUCGUCAGGUGUAAAAUUGCCUGACACGCGAUGGAAAUAA